AUGAAAGAACCAUAAUAAAGACAGACACGAUUUUAAUCUAAAGCAGAACAAUGUGGGAUAUGUUAUAAUGCAAUAGAAUAAUAAGUAUAUUGAAAUAAAUAUAUUAAGGGAUAUUUGGAUAGUUGCAAUCACUCAUUUUGUUUAACAUGCAUAAAAAAAUGGUCAAAUGUAGUAUUAUCCAUUUAAUGUAGAUUGAAAAUACAUGUCCACUUUGUAAAUAGAAAUUUAAAUAGAUUGAAUAAAAAUGGAAAAGAGUAUUUUAUCAGUUUAAUUAGGUUUAUUAUAAAAGCCAUAAGAUAUCUAAGUAGAAAUGUAAAGAGAAUAAGUAAUUCAACUUUAAUUAUCACUAGAAUUUUUGUGAAAGAUAAAAGCCAAUCUCAAAAAGAGGAACAAUUUAAUGUUUUGCUUGAACUAUUAAUAGAAUUCAUUUUGGCUGAUAGUAUUUAUAACAUCUAUCUCCUAGUUAAUGAUUGA